CGAGCGAACGCAGGAACGAAGCGAAGCCGGAAGUGUGUCGGGGAUCACUCUCAUCUCGUUCCUCUUUGUGCGGUGAUGCUAGCAGCGUUUAACCGGGGAUGGAUUUAGAAGAAGCUCUUCAAGUUGUCGGCGAGUUUGGACCCUACCAGAGGCGGGCGGUGGCCAUCCUUGUUCUGACACAGGUGUACAUGGCCUGUCAGUCCAUGCUGAUCAUUCUGGUUGGAUCCACGCCGGAGUACCGCAUGGAGCCGCAGGACGGGGUCCCGUCCGGCCAGCAGGAGCUCCUCCAACGCGUCACCUUCACGGAGGACAUUGACUCCAUAGUGACGGAGUGGUUUCUCGUCAAGCAGCAGGCCUAUAAGGUCAGCCUCGCCGGGUCGCUGUUUUUCGCCGGGCUCCUGGUCGGGAACGUCGUCUUCGGGCCGCUCUCCGACAAGAUCGGGAGGAGGCCGGUUUACCUGACAGGUCUCUUUUUUGAGGUGAUCUUCGGCUAUGUGACCGCCUUGGCGCCCAGCUACGAGGUCUUCGCCGUGUCUCGUCUCCUCGUGGGACUGAUGAACGGCGGCAUCGGCCUCGUCUGCUUCGUUCUCACUCAGGAGUACGUGGGCAAGUCCUACUGGGCCAUGACCGGGACGUUGACGAGCAUGAGCUUUGCCGUCGGCAUCGCGCUGUUUGCCGCUCUGGGCUACUUCGUGCGGCCGUGGAGGAACCUCGCCGCCGUGGCGAACACGUCUGGUGUCCUCUUCUUCCUGAUGUCUGUAACUCUGCCAGAGUCUCCUCGCUGGCUGUAUUCUCAGGGUCGGACGGAGCAGGCUGAAGAGGUCCUGCGCUACAUCGCGCUGAGGAACGGCAACGCUGCGAACAACCUGCGGUUGAAACGCGUUGGUGGUGCUAAAGCCGGUAACCGCGGCAACGGGGGUGCGGGUGUCCUGCAGCUGGUGAUCCAUCCGGUCCUCCGGCUCAGGACGAUGGUGCUCAUGUAUGUCUGGUAUGCGUGCAGUCUGGUGUACUACGGUCUGACUCUGGGGGCCGGGGAGACGUCCGGCAGCCGUUAUGUGAACGUGGCCAUGUACGGCCUGGUGGAGCUGCCCGCCUACCCGCUCUGCAUAUACUUCAUCAACAAACACUGGGCGGGGAGGAGGAAGAGCAUGGCCAGCUUCCUGUGUCUGGCUGGCUCUGCCUGCUUCUGCACCAUGUUCAUCCCCGAAGGCUCCGGGGCGUUGCUGAGCGUCACGUCGUUCGCUCUUCUGGGGAAACUGAUGGUCAGCGCGGCGUUCAACAUCGCCUACGUCUACACCUCUGAGCUCUACCCGACGGUUAUCAGGAAUGCUGGUUUGGGAGUUUGUUCCAUGUCCUGCCGAGUUGGAGGAAUCCUUGCACCGUUUGUUCCCUCCAUGCGGGCUCUCCACACCUCCCUGCCAUUCACCGUGUUCUGUCUGAGCGGGCUGUCUGCGGGCUGCCUCGGCCUCCUGCUGCCCGAAACCCUCAACGGACCUGCGGCCGAGACUCUGGAGGAGCUCGGCAGCUCGAGCCGCGGCCGAGUGCUGGAGAGCAAGGCUCUUUUGUACAAAGAUGACAAUAAGAAAUCAAACCGCAUGUGAGGCCGGCGGUGUCGGGUCUUCGUCACCAGAGCAGCUCACGGCGGCGGCGCGGAAUGUCUUCACCUCAUUCCGUUUGAAACUGCUGCCUCAGGAAAUCGCUGGACUCUCCCUUUUUUUGAUGAUGGACUUGAAGGACUAGUCACCGCGUUGAUGUCUGUGAACUACGACCUCUUGAGUGGGGCAGGGGAGUAGACGCCGACCGAGGAGGGCGUUAAUCGAGUGACCAGCAGUUCCUCUCGUACGGAGGUUUACCACAGGUGACCUCCUGCCUUUUUAGUUAAUUUCCUGAACACCGUCGUGGUCUUUGUGCCUUAUUUGGAGGUAGACGGCUGAGACGGACCGAUACGUGACUUGCGUUACAUUCCACAGAUUCCAGGAAGUCAGAAAAACCGCUUACUGCCCACAAAGGUGUGAUGGAAAUGAUCUGACAUCAAACGCACUAUACAUUCCUACUUAAAGUGUAAGCCAGUGUUGUAGUCAAGACCACCUGAGCCAAGUCGGUGUGUCUUUAUCGAAACUGAGUGUUUUCAGACAAAGUGAACAGGCCAAACUCUGCAUGACACACUUUCAAUAAAAUGUGGAUCAUGCAAAGCGUCCUUGAUCCGACCUUCCCAUAUGUGACUCAGGACCAGAGGAAACGUUAAUUAUAUUCUUUAUUUAGCAACUUUUUGCCCCUUAUGUAUGUGCUCGGUGCUGCGUGUGCCUUUAUGUUCCUUAUUGGUUGGCGUGUAAUGAUGUGGGGCUUCUAACCGUUUCACAUUUUCUUUUACAUUUUCAAUCUGUAAAUCCAUGAAUCUCAAAGGCUCUUUGGGCUUGAGCCGAAAAUAUAUAAACAUUAUUAUUAAUGGUUCACUAGUUGGCUACUUAUCUCCACUUUCUGGUGUUUAAGAAAAAAGCAAAAGCACUAAAAUGGUAGCUGGAGUUGAAAUUUUGUGAGUGACCAACCGACUAAAGAAUCAACAGGAACUUUUUAGGCUGAAGGUUUAUUACGACUUGAAUUCAUGGAGAAUCACGUCCAGUAAUAAUGUUGGGGUGCCUCCAUUUCAAGUUUAUUCCUGUUAUCAAUAAAAAGACUGACACACUUUGCUGUAUUAUUGCUACAUUUGCUGAGAAAGACGCUUUGUGUUUGCACGAAGCAAAAGGUGCCAAAGGAGUGACACGUGUUUAUUAUUAUUAUGCCACCAAAGUGCGUGAAACAAGGUGAAACAACUUGAGAUUAACAACAAACACCGUGCAGUUAUUAAUCAAACCACAACUCUGGUAACAAAAACUAAACUCAUAUUUUUGUACGUGCAACUAAACAUGUCAUCACUGCCCUGUGUGCCUUCUCAUGUAGCCGCGACCUCUGAAAUGUUUUAAAGAGAACCUGUAAGAUAUUAUGGAGAUGUAAAUAGAAAUGUAGGUUAUAUUAGUUGUAUGAGAUGUUUUCUAUGCCAUCAUUUUGUAUUGUAUUUGUAUACUAUCAUACUCUUACAUUGUGUGCGAUGUAGAUUGAAUGUCUCUGGGUCCUUAAAAUGUAAAAUGAUCUAUUUAUGUUAUGAACAGUAAACGGUUGUUUACCUGG